CGCCAUCUGGCGCUCGGCAGCCAUGGCCGGCGGACGGCAGGGUGCGCAGCUGCCGCAUCUCAGCAAGAUGGAGCGGGUGGUCGUGAGCAUGCAGGACCCCGACCAGGGCGUGAAGACGCGGAGCCAGCGCCUGUUCAUCACCGUCAUCCCGCACACCGCGGCAGGCGGCGACGUCGUGGCGUGGCUGAUCCGGAAGUACUGCAUCUCAGAGGAGGAGGCCCUGCACCUGGGCACUCUGCUAGUGCAGCACGGAUAUCUGUACCCUCUGCGCGAGCCCCGCAGCCUCGUGCUCCGCCUGGACGACACGCCCUACAGAUUUCAGACGCCCUAUUUCUGGACGAGCACCGUGUGGCCAGCUGCUGAGCUGGACUACGCCAUCUACCUGACAAAGAAGAACAUCCGAAAGCAGGGGGCCCUGGUCGGGCAUGAGAAGGAACACUAUGACCAGCUGCACAGGAAGAUCAACCACACUUGGGACCUGGUGGUGAUGCAGGCUCGGGAGCAGCUGCGGGCAGCUAAGCAGCGCAGGAAGGGGGACAGGCUGGUCAUUGCGUGCCAGGAGCAGACGUACUGGCUGGUGAACAGGCCCCCGCCGGGUGUCCCCAGUGUCCUGGAGCAGGGUCCAGAGCGCAGCUCCUGCACUGCUGGGGGAGUGCAGAUGGUGAGGCCCUGCCCACGUGCCCCCAGGCCGCACCCCUCCACCCCUGCAUACAUGUCUCCCCACCCUAUGCGGGGGCUGCCCAACCAUCCGUCCCAACGGCGCCUGACCCUGACACCCAGAGGCCCUGCUCUGCUCCUGGCAUCAUGCGCCCUUGCCUGCACCCCCACUUCCAGGUCUCUGCUAACCCUCACCUCUUGUCUCCCCAACCUGCUACGGUGGGUGCCUACCAAGAACACAGAGUUCUACAAGCAGGAGAUGGAGCGUUGCAGGAAGGCCCUGACCAGGGCCCGGGUGAAGUCGUCUGUCUGCCUGGAGGCGUACCUGAAGUUCAGCAGCCAGCGUGGGCCACACGACCCCAUGAUGUCAGGCUGCCUGCCCAGCAACCCCUGGGUCACCGACGAUGACACCUACUGGACCUUCAAUGCACCCAGUGUGGCUGUGCCCACGAAGCUCCGUGUGGAGCGAUGGGCUUUCAGCUUCCAGGAGCUCUUGGAAGAUCCUGUGGGACGGGCCCAUUUCAUGGACUUCCUCGGGACCGAGUUCAGCGCUGAGAACCUCAGCUUCUGGGAGGCGUGCGAGGAGUUGCGCCACGGAGGGCAGGCCCAGGUUCGCGCCGCGGUGGAUGCCAUAUACCAGCAGUUCCUGGCCCCCGGUGCUGCCCGCUGGGUCAACAUCGACAGUCGGACGAUGGAGCGGACCCUGGAGGGGCUGCGGCAGCCCCACCGCUACGUGCUGGAUGAGGCCCAGCUGCACGUCUAUAUGCUGAUGAAGAAGGACUCCUACCCGAGGUUCCUGAAGUCCGCCGCCUACAGAGACCUGCUGGCAGAAGCCGUGGUUCCCCCAGAGGCCAAGAGACGGGUGUUCCCGUUUAUGCGUAAACUGCCUCAUGCAAACCCCAGCCCUGCUCUCCUUCCUGCCUCCCCCUCUGGGGAGCCUGUGACCACGGCCAGUGGCCCUGACUGUGGUGACGGGGGCACCUAG